AUGAAGGAAGAAGUAGCACCUUAUUCGACGAGAUGCCAGCUGAAGUGCAACUACAAGAGACUGUUGUCGCCGCAAGUUAUUUGGACGAGCACGUUGCACCACAAAAGGUGGUCACAGUUGUCAUGGAACAAGACUCUUACCUCAUCUUCUUCCUUAGAGGCACAAUGGAAACACUAG